UUCAAUGAUGUGCAUGUGAAAUUCAGCCAAGAAGAGUGGGCCUUGCUGGAACCUUCCCAGAAACAACUCUACAAAGAUGUGAUGCUAGAGACCUGUGAAAACCUCACUGCUAUAGGCUACAAUUGGGAUGACCAUAAUAUUGAAGAACAUUUUCAAAGUUCUACAGAAAGCAGUCAUACUGGAGAGAAACCCUUUAAAUGCACUCUAUGUGGGAAAACCUUCCCCUAUAUCACUGUUCUUAUAUGGCAUAAAAGAACACACACUGGAGAGAAGCCUUACAAAUGUAAUCAAUGUGGUAAAGCCUUUGCAAAAAGCAGUCAGCUCAUACGACAUAAAAGAACACAUACUGGAGAGAAACAUUAUGAAUGUAAUGAGUGUGGCAAAGCCUUUGCACAAAACAGUACUCUCUUAAGCCAUACAAGAACACACACUGGAGAGAAACCUUAUGAAUGUAAUGAGUGUGGCAAAGCCUUUGCGCAAAACAGUACUCUCUUAAGCCAUAAAAGAACACACACUGGAGAGAAACCUUAUGAAUGUAACCAGUGUGGUAAAGCCUUUGCACAAAACAGUCAUCUCAUAAGCCAUAAAAGAACACACACUGGAGAGAAACCUUAUGAAUGUAAUGAGUGUGGUAAAGCCUUUGCAAAAAACAGUCAUCUCAUGAGCCAUAAAAGAACACACACUGGAGAGAAACCUUAUGAAUGUAAUGAGUGUGGCAAAGCCUUUGCAGAAAACAGUACUCUCUUAAGCCAUAAAAGAACACACACUGGAGAGAAACCUUAUGAAUGUAACCAGUGUGGUAAAGCCUUUGCACAAAACAGUCAUCUCAUAAGCCAUAAAAGAACACACAUUGGAGAGAAACCUUAUGAAUGUAAUGAGUGUGGUAAAGCCUUUGCAAAAAACAGUCAUCUCAUGAGCCAUAAAAGAACACACACUGGAGAGAAACCUUAUGAAUGUAAUGAGUGUGGUAAAGCCUUUGCACAAAACAGUACUCUCUUAAGCCAUAAAAGAACACACACUGGAGAGAAACCUUAUGAAUGUAAUGAGUGUGGUAAAGCCUUUGCAAAAAACAGUCAUCUCAUGAGCCAUAAAAGAACACACUCUGGAGAGAAACCUUAUGAAUGUAAUGAGUGUGGCAAAGCCUUUGCACAAAACAGUACUCUCUUAAGCCAUAAAAGAACACACACUGGAGAGAAACCUUAUGAAUGUAACCAAUAUGGUAAAGCCUUUGCAGAAAACAGUACUCUCUUAAGCCAUAAAAGAACACACAGCAAAGAGAAACCUUAUGAAUGUAACCAGUGUGGUAAAUCCUUUGCAGGAAAAAAUGAUCUCAUAAGACAUAAAAGAACACAUACUGGAAAGAAACCUUAUGAAUAUAUCCAAUCUGAUAAAGCCUUUGCACAGCAGAGUACUCUCCAACGGCAUAAAAGAACACACACUGGAGAGAAACCUUACGAAUGUAACCAGUGUGGUAAAGCCUUUGCAGAAAAGAAUAAUCUCAUACGGCAUAAAAGAACACACACUGGAGAGAAACGUUAUGAAUGUAACCAGUGUGGUAAAGCCUUUACACGAAACAGUCAUCUCAUAAGACAUAAAAGAACACACACUGGAGAGAAACCUUAUGAAUGUAACCAUUGUGGUAAAACCUUUGCAGAAAACAGUACUCUCUUAAGCCAUAAAAGAACACACACUGGAGAGAAACCUUAUGAAUGUAACCAGUGUGGUAAAACCUUUGCAGAAAAGAAUAAUCUCAUACGGCAUAAAAGAACACACACUGGAGAGAAACCUUAUGAAUGUAACCAGUGUGGUAAAACCUUUGCAGAAAAGAAUAAUCUCAUACGGCAUAAAAGAACACACACUGGAGAGAAACCUUAUGAAUGUAACCAGUGUGGUAAAACCUUUGCAGAAAAGAAUAAUCUCAUACGGCAUAAAAAAACACACACUGGAGAGAAACCUUAUGAAUGUAACCAGUGUGGUAAAGCCUUUGCAGAAAACAGUACUCUAUUAAGCCACAAAAGAACACACAGUGGAGAGAAACCUUAUGAAUGUAACCAGUGCGGUAAAGCCUUUGCACAAAACAGUGCUCUCAUAAGCCAUAAAAGAACACACACUGGAGAGAAACCUUAUGAAUGUAACCAGUGUGGUAAAGCCUUUGCACAAAACAGUGCUCUCAUAAGCCAUAAAAGAACACACACUGGAGAGAAACCUUAUGAAUGUAACCAGUGUGGUAAAGCCUUUGCACAAACCAGUACUCUCUUAAGCCAUAAAAGAAAACACACUGGAAAGAAACCUUAUACGUAUACUCAACAUGAUAAAGCCCUUGCACAACAGAGUAGUCUCCAAAAACAUGAAAAAACACACAGUGGAGAGAAGCCUGGUGAGGGUAAUUAG